ACGCCGUGGCGGUGGAGAUGAGAUCGAUAGAGGAGAGGAAGGAAGGAAAUGGAUGUUAUCUGUCUGAGGGCGCUCCCGCAGCCUCCUCGCCCUCCCGCCCAUCUCCGACGGUGCCUUGAGCCGCCCCGCUCAGCGCUCCCGCCGCCCGCGGCUGCCGGGCCACACACGCCAUCGCCACCGGUGCGACGGCCCCGGCGAGGCCCGCGGGAGCAGAGCCAGCCGCCCCGCGUUCCCGCCGAGGAGACCCUGACCCCUUGCUCCGCACCUCUCCGCACCCCUCCACGCCGCGCAGCGGGGUGCGCGCAGCCUGCCCGCUCUACGGCGGAUGGACAGAUCGCCCGGAUUGUUUUUACUUUUAGAGGAAUGUCCCUUGCUAUUGAUUUUUUUUUUUUUACUCCUCCCUAGAUUUCUGUAGGUUGCUAUGUGGCAUGUUGCUCUCAUUUCUUGACUUUUUGAAAUAACUGGAUUUAAAUUUAUCGAACAACCUGUUAUCCAUA